AUGAGUGACAGUCCUGUGAGGGAGAAGAAUGAUAAUUUUCGUGGCUAUCGGAAAAGAGGAAGACAAGAACUGAGAAAGAUUAAAAGAUCUUCUGCCAGAAAAGAUGGAAGUACGGAAGAAGCGGAUCACGUAGCUGAAGAUACUGGCCGCAGAACUGACGAGGCUGAAAUGUCGGAUAUUGGUAGUGGGGAUGAUAUUGAUGUUGAGGGUGUAGAAGAGAAAAAGGAAAAAGUUUAUGACGCUUUAUUGACUAUCCUCAAAUCUGAACAUCCAGAACCAAAAAGACGAAAGAGGAAGAUUGACGAGAGCAAUGAAGCUACUACCCAAGCCGGUGAGACUGAAGACAAAAAUUCAGAAUAUGAGCCAGUGGACGAUCAGUUGGAGAUAGAGAAUGGCCUUUUGGGUAAUCAAGAGAAUGAUAACGAUGAUGACAGCAAUGAAGACGAGAAGGAUGAUAUAGACAGUGAAGAUGAGCAAGAUCCCUUCGAGUCUCAUUUUAACCAAGUUCCGGAGAAAUACGUUGAUGAUUUGUCCACUGCUUUCAAGACCAAAAGUAUAAAAUACAAAUCCGUCAAGGGUCCCCUAGGUGACAAUGAAUCGUAUAUAUAUGCCAAACCGGUAGUAAUUGGUGAGGAAGCAUUGGUUGAAAGCCCGUACAGAUCAUCAUCCAUAUACUCCUACUUUUUGAAACAGAGACUGAAAGUUCAAAAUGGACUGCUGGAUAAAAAAAUUGAUCCAUUGACUGCUUUGCAAAAAAAAUUAGUAGACCCUAUGUUUCAGUACAAAGAUAUAUUAUAUGAGUAUGAUUCGUACGAAAAGGAUGAAGAUGAGUACAGAGAUUUAUAUGCUCUGCAUGUGUUGAAUCACAUCUACAAGACAAGAGAUAGAAUCUUGAAAAACAAUCAAAGAUUACAGGAUAACCCAGACACUGAACACCUAGAUCAAGGUUUUACAAGGCCAAAAGUAUUGAUUGUAGUUCCUACUAGAGAGGCGGCAUACCGCGUUGUCGAUAAGAUAAUUUCAAAGUCAGGUAUAGAUCAAGUUGAUAAGAAGGGAAAAUUCUACGACCAAUUCCGUGAUGAUUCUUUACCUCCAAAGUCCAAACCAAAAUCUUUUCAACACAUAUUUAGGGGAAACACCAACGAUUUUUUCGUUGUCGGCCUUAAGUUCACAAGAAAGGCUAUAAAACUUUAUAGCAAUUUCUACCAGUCUGACAUUAUUGUAUGUUCGCCAUUGGGUAUUCAAAUGAUCUUAGAAAAUACAGAUAAAAAAAAGAGGCAGGACGAUUUCUUGUCCUCAAUAGAGCUAAUGGUGAUUGAUCAAUUACACUCAAUAGAAUACCAGAACAUAUCCCAUAUUUUCACCAUCUUUGACCAUCUUAACAAAAUUCCAGAUCAACAACAUGAAGCUGACUUUAGCAGAAUUCGCAUGUGGUAUAUUAAUGACCAAGCUAGGUUGUUCAGGCAGACAAUUGCAUUCACAAAAUACGUCUCACCUGCGGCUAAUUCAUUAAUCAACGGAAGAUGUCGUAACAUGGCAGGUAGAUGGAAGAAUCACAAGGUCAUAGAAUCAGAAAAUUCCAGUAUUGGACAAUCUGGAUUAAAGAUCAGACAGAUCUUUCAGAGAUUUGACAUUAUUGGAAACUCGAUUAUUGAAGAACCUGAUUAUAGAUUUAAAUUUUUUACAAGUGUCAUUAUUCCAAGUAUUGUCAAAUCCACUGGGUAUGAAGACGGAAUACUGAUCUACAUUCCUGAUUACACCGACUUUAUUCGUAUUAGAAACUACAUGAAGGAGAAGACGACGAUUUUAUUUGGAGACAUAAAUGAGUACUCUAGCCAAAGACAGCUUAAUGCAAAUAGAUCAUUAUUUCAACAGGGCCGCCUGAAAGUUAUGUUAUAUACAGAAAGGUUGCACCAUUAUAGACGUUAUGAAAUCAAAGGUGUUAAAAGUGUCGUGUUUUAUAAGCCUCCAAACAAUCCCGAGUUUUACAAUGAAACUGUCAGAUUUAUUGGUAAGAACGCCUUUCUGGGUAAUACCGACUUAAACAUAUCCACUGUUAGAUGCAUAUACAGUAAACUUGAUGGCCUUUCACUCGAAAGAAUUGUGGGCACAAAAAGAGCAGCUGUACUAUCGCAUGCACAAAAGGAAGUGUAUGAGUUUAAGUGA